CCAGACUUCUGCAAGAGCAAGCACGUCCCAGGCUGUCUCGAUGGAAGGAGAGGCAGCCCCCGAGGCCAGAGGAGCAGCCAGCAGGGCCACUCGGAUAGCCCUGGGUGUCUUUGUGAGUGGCACUGUUGUGCUUGGCACCGCUCUUUUCUUGGUUAGCCAAGGUCUUAUAAAGUUUCAUCCAAAGCAACAAUACUGUUUGACUGCAGAAUGCAUUGAAGCUGCUGCUGGCAUCCUGAGCAAGAUAAAUCAAUCGGUAGAUCCAUGUGAGAACUUCUAUCGAUUUGCAUGUGAUGGCUGGAUAUAUAAUAACCCCAUUCCUGAAGAUAUGUCCAACUAUGGUGUUUAUCCCUGGCUGCGACACAAUGUGGACCUCAAACUAAAGGCAUUGCUAGAGAAACCCAUCAGCAAAAGACGAGACAGUGAAGCUGUACAGAAGGCCAAGAUCCUUUAUGCAUCCUGCAUGAAUGAAAAUAAAAUUGAAAAAGCCGAUGUGAAACCCCUGUUGAGUUUACUGAAGCAUUCACCUUUCCGCUGGCCUGUGCUGGAAUCCAGCCUCGGACCUGAAGGGCUGUGGUCAGAAAGGAGGUUCAGCUUAGUCCAAGCCUUGGCAACUCUCCGUGGCCAAUACAGCAGCUCUGUCUUCAUCCGUCUGUACGUGGCUGCUGAUGACAAGCUCUCCAAUCGCUACAUCCUGAAGCUUGAUCAAGCAAGCCUCUCUCUGGCAUCUCGGGAGGAUUACCUAGAAAAUACCACAGAGGCCAAAUCUUACCGAGAUGCCUUUUUGCAGUUCAUGGUUGAUACAGCAGUGCUUCUGGGUGCAAACGCCUCCCGAGCUGAAUCUGAUAUGAAAUCAGUUCUAAAACUGGAAGUUAAAAUAGCAGAGAUCAUGAUUCCAUACGAAAAUCGAACAAGUGAGGUGAUGUACAAUAAAAUGAACAUAUCGGAGCUUAGUGCCAUGAUUCCACAGUUUGACUGGCUGGGAUACAUCAAGAAGGUGAUUGACACCAAACUCUAUCCUGAACUCAAAGAUAUAGGUCCUUCAGAAAAUGUGAUUGUCCGUGUUCCCCAGUACUUCAAAGAUUUAUUCAGGAUACUGGAAAAUGAAAGGAAAAAGACUCUUGCCAAUUACUUGGUGUGGAGGAUGGUUUAUUCAAGAUUAUUUAACCUCAGCAGACGUUUUCAGUAUCGGUGGCUGGAAUUUUCUCGGGUGAUCCAUGGGACUACAACUUUGCUGCCUCAGUGGGAUAAAUGUGUGGACCUUGUAGAAAAUGCCCUUCCCUACGUUGUGGGUAAGAUGUUUGUUAAAGCCCAUUUUCAAGAGGACAAGAAAGAGAUGAUGGAGGAAUUGACUGAAGGCAUUCGCUGGGCUUUUAUUGACAUGUUAGAAAAGGAAAAUGACUGGAUGGACUCUGAAACAAAAAGAAGAGCUCACGAGAAGGCAAAAGCGGUUAUUGCGAAAGUUGGUUACCCUCAGUUUAUAAUGAAUGACACGUAUCUUAAUGAAGACAUCAAAACACUGAAGUUUACAGAAAGUGAUUAUUUUGGCAAUGUAUUGCAAACUCGCAAAUAUGCAGCCCAAUCUGAUUUCUACUGGCUUAGAAAAGAAGUUCCAAAAACAGAGUGGUUUACAAGCCCAACUACUGUAAAUGCUUUUUAUAGUGCAUCUACCAACCAGAUCAGAUUCCCAGCAGGAGAACUUCAAAAGCCUUUCUUUUGGGGAACAGAGUAUCCUAGGUCACUAAGUUAUGGUGCCAUAGGAGUGAUUGUUGGCCAUGAGUUCACUCAUGGAUUUGAUAGCAAUGGUCGGAAAUAUGACAAAAAUGGAAAUUUAGACCCUUGGUGGACGACUGACUCUGAAGAAAAAUUUAAAGAGAAAACAAAAUGCAUGAUAAAUCAAUACAACAAUUACUACUGGAAGCCAGCUGGCUUACAUGUGAAAGGGAAGAGAACUUUGGCAGAAAACAUUGCAGACAAUGGAGGCUUGCGAGAAGCUUUCAGGGCAUACAGGAAAUGGAUUACAGAGAAGAGGGGAGGAGAAGAAGAGCCUUUGCUGCCAGGCCUUGAGUUCACACAUAACCAGCUUUUCUUUCUGAGUUAUGCCCAUGUAAGAUGCAACUCCUUUAGACCGGAAUCUGCGAGGGAGCAGAUAUAUACUGGAGCCCACAGCCCUCCCCAGUUCAGAGUAAUCGGAGCCAUGAGCAACUUUGAGGAGUUCCGUAAAGCUUUCGGCUGUGCGGCGAACACGACGAUGAACCGCGGGGCAGAGUCCUGCCGCCUGUGGUAGCUGUCCCUGUCCCUGCCAGCCCCCCUGCAGCAGGGGCUGCAGUGGGAACUGCUCAUUGCCACAGUCUCAGCACCAUGGCCUGAAAUCUGGAGAGGUGCAUCUUCCUCAUCCGUGCUGAUGAUCUCCCCAGAUCUGAUCAUUCCCUAUUUAGAGCCUAGGAACAUUCCGAAUAGAAGAGCUUUUCUUUAAGUAUAAUAAUAAAAAAUAACUCCUUCUAACCAUAAAACCACUCCGGCUCAUCUGCAGUUGCACUGCUGUUGAUGGAUAACUGCCAUUAUCAAUUCUAA